AUGACAGCAAACGCAUGCUCAAAAGUGUCAAGUCGAGCACCCCAACAAAAAUAAUGACGUUUUUAUGCAUUGUGUGCAAUUUCCUCAAAGUUACGAUGAUAAGAGAUUAAAACGAAAGCCGCAAGGACAUUUUCUCGGGGACAAUAAUAACAAGCAACACAAUGGAAAUUCAGGACAUCGUGGAAAUUGAUAACAAGCACAAAGGAAUGCCUGAAAUUGGUAAAAUCAAGAAGCAAAACAGUCAAGAUCUUCAAAUGACAUCAAGUACAACAUCGAGUUUAGCUUCGCCUGGUGAUUCGGGAGUCCAGCUGCUGGACAGCGAGAGCGAAAUCACUUCUGUGAUGUCCGUGAGCGGAAUUGGUUGUGAUAUUGAUGCCAUACCUAACUUAGAAAAUGAUUUAGUGGAGAAGAAAGACAUUAUGAAAGAAACUGAUAUUAUACAACGUACAGAAGAACUCAACUGGAAGAAUAUCAAAAAUAAUGAAGCAAUAGAAACUAAAAAGGACAAUAAAAAAGCUGACGUGGAGCACAGUGAUCUCUCUAAUCAAAAUGGUAGUCAUCGUCAACUUAACGUGUCCAAGUCAGUAGCCAGCUACUUCGAUAAAUUUGAGGCUGAGCUUGAGUCCAUUUCGUUAAAAUGUUCAUUAGAAAAAUCCAAGAAAGAGGUGCUGAAUAAAUCAUUAAGUGAUGAGGUAUUUGAAAUGGAACACCCUAUCAAAGAUACACACGAAAAACCAACAGAUAAUGAUUUAAUGAACGUUUCUUUAAACAGCUACGAACUGUUAGAUUACACUCUACAAAAUAAAUUAGUCACGAACGUGGAAAACGACCAGAUGCACGUCAGUAUGUCUGAAGAAGUGAACGAAAACCUAAAGGUCAACGUACACAAUCCUGAACCUAUAGUUGAAGACAUCCCUGUUGUUGAGAAACCAGCAGAGGAGCAAAUAGUCUUUCGAAGACAGCGCAAGAAAAAAUCAAAAUCUGACACUCCAAAAAAGAGAGUUUCUUUUCACGAAGAUAUUCUGAAUAGUACAAAGAUUGAUGAUAUUCAUAUUAAUCACGGUUUUAUAACUCACGAACCGGACGUAUCUCUGAGUUUUUUCCAGAGGGGCUUUGUUCGAAAACCUGAUGUGGUUAAAGGACGGUAUAGUUGGGCUGCUGAAGGUGAUGCUCCAUAUUAUGAAAAAACGCCUUCUGAAAGAGAAAUUAAAUCUGAUUUAUACAUCCAGCACAAUACGCGAUUUUCAUCAACUUCAUCAAGUUCUACUGGUAGUAUAUCCAGUUCAAUUGAUGAAGAUAGUGAAGAGAAUUGUGUGAAGAAGGAGCCGACCUUGAUGCAACCGAAAUCGAGUUGUUUGAAGAAAACUAACCCCUCAAAGAAAUACAUUGAUACAAAUAUAGUACAAGAAGAGAUUAGUAGAAAAAGAAGAUCUGAUAGUAAUUUACUUGAUUCAAAUAUUUUUGGUAGUUUGAAGAAUAUAUUGAAUUUUUCUACGUCUGUUCCACUGGCGGAGCGCGGUGUUCCUGAAGGUCAGGAGGACUUUGCGAUUUACUCUUCAUCGCACGAGUCGAACAGACGGAAAUCAUGCACAAAUUUAACUUAUAAAGGGUUUGAAUCCCUCCAAGUUCAACCACUACCAGUGAAGAAAAAUGACAAACCCUUGGUAUGCGUUAACAAAACUAAUCUGAAACUAACUGCAAGUGAAGGAUUUUACCCUAAUUAUCCCAGCAACCAGAACGUACCAGCGAACGUAAUACUUUGUGACAGCAACGUCUAUGAACAUAAAGGCAUAAGUUACUCCUAUGAAUAUGACAAGUUCCAGAAGUCCUUUGAGCAACAAAACAAACCAAAAAGUUCCACCGUUUAUCAAAUGAUAUUGAAAGAGUUCAAUUUUUUUCGUAGAAAGGCCAAAGAGCCUGAAUCAAUACCAGACGACUUUGAAGUAAUUUCAAGUGCAAAUCCUGCACCAGAAAAAAGCGACAGUAUUGAAGAAGUUCAAGAAAUUGAACUAAAAAGUCCCAAAAAUUCAGUUAGCAAAUACGCAUCCACAACAAAGAUGGAUUGGUCCGACAACGAGACUAUUUCUGAUAUGUCUUCAGAAAACGUUAACAAUAGUCGGCAUUUACAUUCACCAAAACGUAAAGUGAACAGGAGCAACCACUAUUCGUUGAGUCCGUUUAAAAUCGCCCCUUCCGAAUCGGGAAAAAGCGAUCAUGAAGGAAACAUGGUGUCUAGUAAAAGUUUGCAAAACUUAAAACCCGCCACUUCUAAGUCAUCUUUAAUUAAUCGUUUUUUACGGAAUGUUACUUUGAAGAAAAUGUUGGAUGUUAAAGCUCAAAACAAACAGAAGAACUGCAGAAAAUACAUGGGACUUUAUGUCAAAAAUAUCAACUAUGAGUAUAAAGGGAGGGAUGAAGUUGAUGAAGCUUUGGAAAGGGAGAUUUUACAAGGUAAAGAAAUCUGUCAGACUGCUGAAGACACGGUUGAUAAAAAAUUCGCCAUCCAGUUGAAGAAAGAAAUCUUUAGAAGCAGACUAGAGCGUCUUUUAAGGAUAUUCCCUGUAAGAAGCGCUUACGCUACUAAUGGCGAGAGUAAACCCCUGCUGUUGAUUCUUACGGAUUCCACCCUGUAUAUAACGGGGAUUAAGUUGGGCACUUCCCUUUGUAAUCACUUUGUUUUACCCUUCACUGAACUCAACACGAUUUUGAUAGGUCCAAGUUCACAAACUAUACAUCUGUCUAAUUAUGAUAAGGAUAUGCAGUGUAUUAUCACUACUGGUUGUGCUAAAAUUACGGGUGAUCUUGUGGGGCAGCUAGAAGUGGCAAUGCGACGAGAUAUUAAUAAACCACGUUUGCCUGCUGUAAAACACCUCAGCAUGAGGGAUAUGGCGAACUUGAGGAGGGCUAUCUGCAAGCAGACGUCUGUGGAUAAGGAGGAAGAAUAUUUUUAUUACAGCAUAGUAAACAUACAAGAUUUCAAUCCAGACAUCCCCGAAAUUACGCCACUAGGCCCUAAUAAAGAAGGCCCUCUUAUGUUUAAAACACCAGACACUGAAGUCCGCUGGGAAACGGCGUAUUUUAUCCUAAAGGCUGGAGUUCUCUACAUGUUAUCAUCAGCAUCCCAACGUGUCCCAAUGCGAGUUUUCCCUCUAAUCAACGGAUCUUGUCAAGGUGCUCGACGAGUCUACAACUGUCCGCGACCUCACACUUUCCAGUUAAUUAUCGAAGGCAACACCUUACACUUGGCUGCACCUGACGAGUAUGUAGCUAGUGAUUGGUUGCAGUGUUUAGUACAUGCGGCUAGUGGGGGGUAUAACUUAAAGGAAAAAAUGUUGACUCAGUCUUGUUCUCUUUUGAUGACAAGUGAUCACAUUUUAACAGUACGAGAGGCGUUCCCGUGCACUGUUUCUUCGUUAUUACCUCCCAGAAAUCAGCAUCAGCCUAUAAAAGGUCCUCAAGUUCUAUCUUGUGCGGCCAUUAUCGAUUUGAUAGCGUUUCGAUUGCCUUCAGCAGAACAGAGUUGGUGUGUGUUGGAAUUUUCGUGUAGAGAGGUUCAUGAGUGUAGUGGUGACUGGAUUUUAUACUUUGCUACGAAUGUCGAGCUUGAGAAUUUUAUAUCCACUUUGGAGGUUCUAUGGGCGUACAAUAAUGAAAAUGGUGAUAGCUUUCCACUGAGUACUAUUCCUGAAACCGACCCUCUUAGCAAGAAAUGUGUGGAUGUUUACACUUCUUUAAAACAAUUAUGGCCAUCUAAUACUGUACAUUUACAGUUCUUGUAAAUGUGCAGCUGCUUUAUUUUUCCGGUUUAUUUUUAUUGUAUAUAUGGUUGCGUUAAUUUAAUUUAAUUCUGAAUAGGGUGAUAUAUUUUUGUAGGCGACAAACUAAUUCCAUAUUUAAUUUAGUAUUCUAGUCAUUUCUUCUCUAUUUAUUGAUAUUUAUGAAUAUACAAAUGUGAUAGAUAUUAAAUAGUUUUUGUAAUAUCAUACCUGUAAUAAUGCUUGAUCUUGUACUGUAAUAAUGCACAUGUAGACAAUGCACAGGUUCCUUAGUUACUUUAUUAAUUGGCAUGUUAAAUUGAAAUUAGUAAUAAUUAAUUCCGAAUCUAUGUAUCUACAGUAUAACGAUUAUUAUUUGCAAAGGCUUGGUUAAUUUUAAUAAUUUCGUUUAAACUUUUUAGCUGAACUGUGAUAUUUCGUUACCUUUUAAAAUUUAGAAUUUUCCAAGUCUUCAAAUAAGAAUAUGUAUUUAAAGGGAUAUUAAAAGUAACUUAACAAUCUCUUUAGGGAAUACUCUGUUGUAUAUCCAAUACUGUUGUCAUUAAACAUCCUUUUAAACCAGUCCAUAAAAUUGUAACUCUUUGUAGCUUUGGUGGUGCUUUUAACCAGUUAAUUAAAACAAUUUAGUUAGGUGAAUAAUUUGGUGCUGUUAAUAGUAAAAGGUUAUUUUAAAAUCUUGUUGAAACUUUUAUAACUUGGACGGCAGUGAUACAAAUUGAAAAAUUCUGUCUUGUGGAAGAGACUACAUCUUUAUUUGUUAUGUCAUAAAGUAUUCUUUGCUCAGAAGUAGUAUUUUGUAUGCAUCUUAAAAUAUGUAUCUGACAAUUACUUCACUGUAUGGACAAAUAACAAUGUAGUUAACUUAUUCAAUAAAUCAAAGAAACUA